AUGUUGGCACACAAUGGAACACCAAGAGCGAACCUGUCGAGGGAAGUAGGCCGCGCACGAGGAUCGUGGCGGAGGCACGUCGGCGGCGGUGGUGAAAUGUACGGUGGGCGGCGCCGCGCACGCUGCCCCGCCCAGCCUUUCCCCGGCCGCCCCGCCCCACCCCACCCCUCCUACCCCUCAGCAACCACCAUCCAUACCGAAGACUUGCGUAACCCUCCGCUAUUCCCUACACAGAUACGCCCGAAGCAAUCUGCACGGCCCGCAACGGAAUCUCUUGCAAAAUCGGUACUAAAACCUUUCAACCCCCACGCCAUAAAC